UUUCAGGAGAAGAAACGGUUAACAAUUUGUAAUAUUGCUCGUCAGUGGGAGAUACAGCAGAAUCGAAUAGCUCUUGUGGCUUCUUUAAACCAAGAUAAAGAUAACGAGCCCUGUCAGAUCAAUGGCAGUGCUACAUAUGUAUUUCCUGAAGAAAGCAGGUCUCUUGACACAAUAUUGAGCAGUGCAGUACAAGGCUUGUCUGUUCUCGAGUCUCAUUUGGUGGAAGUGGAAGGAGACACUCUUUGCUUGUAUGGUGCUGGAGCGCUGGAAUGCCUGGAUCGAAACUGGAAUGUUCAAACAGCUGGAAUUAUUGUCACAGUCUCCUUCAUAUUCAUAGAAUUUGAUGAAAUUGUUCAAGUGCUAACAAAGCUGAAGACAAAAUUUCCUAAUUUGGUGCACCUGAAGUUUAAGGAGACCAAUCUUGUGAUGUUGCAGCAAUUCAAUGCAUUAGCCCAGAUGCAUCGCAUUGAACAGUUGACAGUUGAUCAUCAGGGAAACCCAGUUGUCAACUUUUCUUUGUGGAAAUACUAUGUUCUGUUCAGACUGAACCGUUUUAAUCUACAGAAGAUAAAUGGAGUAAAGGUUACUGAAACUGAUAUUGUAAUGGCGGAAAGGCUCUUUGGCAUUCUGGCAUAUGUAGCGUCUUCUGAGCUGCCACAUUAUCGCAUGCUUUCGUUAUUUGGAGAAUCUAAGAGGAAGCAAUUCCAUUAUUUGCUGGAGGGAAAGGGAAAGAAAUCUGGGAUUGGGAGUGAGGAAAGUAGCGAUAACAGAAGAAAUGGAGGGGAAGGCACAACUCGAGCAACGUUGAAUUACAUGACAAAGGACUUGCAUAUGGAAAAGCUUGAGGAAAUCAAGGAAAGAAAAACAUUUUGCCAGACAUACGUCGAGAACUUAGUGAAAGAAGCAGCUGACAUCAAUAUGAAAAAUGAGUCGUUGCAGAAGCUCUGGCCUCAAAUGUUCAUUGAGCUUGUCAGAGAUGCAGUGAUAGAAAUACGCAAUAAAAAUUCCUACAUGAAACUCUGCUUGCAGCGGAUCACUGAUCAAAAACAGUAG